CGCAGGUAGUGGCAAGACUACAUUGAUAAAAUGGCGGUGCCCGUCGAGAUCACACGGCGCGCAAUUAUGAGUCCCAAGCCCGACUGCGACGAUGCCGUCGGCCGGAUGGUCCCGCUCACCGUUUUCGACCGCGCCGCCACCGACGGCUACGUCCCAGCCGUCUUCGCGUGGACCGCGCAGGCCGCGCCGGCCAACACCGCUGUCGUGGACGGCCUCCUCGCUACCGUCGCAAGGUUCCCGCACCUCGCCGGUCGGUUGGGCGUCGACGACCGCGGCAGGAGGUGCUUCCACCUCAACAACGCCGGCGUGCUUGUCCUCGAGGCCGAUGCGGCGGCGGACCUCGCGGAUGCCCUGGCGCGCCCCGACAUAUCGGAGCACAUCGACCAGCUGUUUCCCAAGGCGGACAUGUACCGUGCCGACGAGCCGCUCCUCCAUGUCCAGCUGACGCGGUACAGGUGCGGCGGCCUGGUGAUCGGCACGGCGUGCCAGCACCUCGUCGCCGACGGGCAGGCCAUGAGCUUCUUCUACGCUGCGUGGGCCACGGCCGUCAGCACCGGCUUGGCCAUCCUCCCGUCGCCGUUCAUCGACCGCACGACCGCGGUUGUCCCCCGCAGCCCGCCAUCGCCGGCCUUCGACCACCGGAACAUCGAGUUCAAGGGCGAGCACAGCCCGAGCCGCUCCUACCCUGUUAUCCCUAUGGACAGGAUCAAGAACCUCACCGUGCACUUCUCCGAAGAGUUCGUGGCGAGGCUGAAGGCCCACGUCGGAGCGCGGUGCAGCAUGUUCCAGUGCCUCCUGGCGCACGCGUGGAAGAAGGCCACGGCGGCGCGGCGCCUGGCGCCAGAAGAGCUCACGCAGAUACGGGUCGCCGUGAACUGCCGGAGCAGGGCCAAGCCUCCCGUGCCAACGGACUUCUUCGGCAACAUGGUGCUGUGGGCGUUCCCGAGGAUGCGCGCCGGGGAGCUCCUGUCGUCGAGUUACGCCGCCGUGGUAGGCGUCAUACGCGACGCCGUGGCGCGCGUCGACGCCGAAUACGUCCAGUCCUUCGUCGACUUCGGCGAGGCGUUGGAACGCAGCGGGGAGCGGCUGACCGCAACGGCGGCGGUUGCAGGCACGGCGUACUGCCCGGACCUGGAGGUGGACAGCUGGCUGGGGUUCGGAUUCCACGAUCUCGACUUCGGUGGCGGGCCGCCGUGCGCGUUCCUGCCGCCUGUCUUGCCUCUCGAGGGGCUCAUAUUCUUUGUGCGGUCAUGCACGGCCAAGGGCGGCGUCGACCUCUUCGCUGCGCUCCACAACGAGCACGCUGAUGCGUUCAAGCAGAUCUGCUACUCUUUGGACUGAUGAUAGGCAACAACAACUACACCCAUGAAGGUGUCCUGUGGACGUCUAUGUGUGCAUGUACGUCAUGGAAUUGAGAUUUCUAAAGGUGGUUUGAUUAUAUCCGCAUGUGUUAGUGCAGCAGGUAUGUAUUAUUAGUUUUAUAUUUAUGAGUUGGUUUGCGGUGCAUCUACAUUUGUC